AUGGGUAUUGAAAUAACUGAAAGAAUCAGAUGUGCCCGUUUAUGGUGUCAGAGAUAUUGGAAGUUGCUAUGUAAUCCAGAUUUGCGAUGUCAAACAAAAUUUUGUAUAUACAAGUUAUUUGUUAGACCUAUUCUAUCAUACGGAUGCGAAGUAUGGAUUUUGAACAAUCGUUUAGCAAAUAAGUUAAUACGGUUCGAAUGUGGUAUUCUUAUAGAGAUAUACAAAUCAAAGUAUCCACAUAGACAUCCUAAACGCCUCAGACCUAACAUCAGAUCAGUUUACAAACAGUACCAUGACUCUGAUAUUGUGGAUUAUAUACGUAACGAGAGACUGAACUGGAGGACCUUGCUGAAAAUUGAAGAAAAGGCUAUAAGUUAUAGUUAUAAAAAAACGGGUAAACGUGUUCAUUGGUGGGAUCAAUCAGCAGAUAACUCGGACGCGUGCAAUUCCUCGGCUCUACAAAGAAAAAUUAUACGGCCUAUUCUUAAAAUAUUUACGGGAGAUUGGAAUUCGACAGAAACAGUGCAUUUGAAAGAAGCACCCAAUUGAAGAGAACACUGGUCUAUAUGAGAAUAAAAAAUGUGUUACAACACAUGAACAAGCGAGUAUGAGAGUUACCGAACAAAACGCUCUUGCAAUGUUCUCGAGCAUUGGAAGAAACAUGACAGGUAAGCAAUAAAAUAUGAAGAAAUCAUCAGAAACAACUCUAAUUGAAACAUAAUAAGUCUAUGAGUUGGAAAAUGCACGAAAGAAUACAACAAAAACUCGGAUAAAGGAUUCCAUGUUCAAUAACUUCGACUGACAUAUCUUUUAAAAGAUCUUGAUGUAUAGAAUAUUUUUUACUAUGUAGCCAUUUUCUUAGGUAUUGUCUGUUUCAAGAAUUUGUUCAUGAAAACAUCGAAUUUUCCGAAUUAAAUAUCAGUUUGCAGAUACAGCUAACUUGAAUAAAAACAUUAAAAAAAAACAUGAUUCGAGACGAGAUAAUUCAUUUUGUCAGAGUUAGUUAACGAAAAAACUUCUUAUAACUAAGGAAAAUCCACGUUAUUCGCAAUUAUA